GUGUGGGGCGUCGCGCUCCUCCCCGCGGUCACCUGGAUCCCCGGAGGACGGCGGGAAGACGCUCCGGGCAGCCGGGGGUGUCUGUGGGUCCCCGCGGCUGGCGGCGGCGGAGGGGGCGCACCGGCUGUUGGGCAGGAUGCCCAGGGAGCCGGCUGGGUCCGCGGGGAGCGGGCGAGAAAAUGGGAUUACUAACGGUCUCCCGCCGGCGGUCAGGAGCUCUGGACUUUCUGUUUCAGAACGGAGUCAUACCCCAUGCAGAGCCCGUGGUCUUCUUGGAAGCUACCGAGUGACUUCUCUGAAGAAUCAUGAAGUCACACUAUGUUGUGCUAGCUCUAGCCUCGCUGAUGUUCCUGCUGUGUCUCCCCGAGUCCCAGAGCUGUAACAAAGCACUCUGUGCCAGUGAUGUGAGCAAAUGCCUCAUCCAGGAGCUCUGCCAGUGCCGGCCUGGCGAAGGGAACUGCCCCUGCUGUAAGGAGUGCAUGCUGUGCCUCGGGGCCCUGUGGGACGAGUGCUGCGACUGUGUCGGUAUGUGCAACCCUCGGAAUUACAGCGACACCCCUCCCACAUCAAAGAGCACAGUAGAGGAGCUGCAUGAGCCCAUCCCGUCCCUGUUCAGGGCGCUGACGGAGGGUGACACCCAACUCAACUGGAACAUCGUCUCCUUCCCUGUGGCAGAGGAGCUGUCACAUCACGAAAAUCUAGUCUCCUUUCUAGAAACUGUGAACCAGCUGCACCACCAAAAUGUGUCUGUUCCCAGCAACAAUGUCCACGCCCCUUUUCCCAGCGACAAAGAGCACAUGUGCACAGUGGUUUACUUUGAUGACUGCAUGUCCAUACACCAGUGUAAGAUAUCCUGUGAGUCCAUGGGCGCAUCCAAGUAUCGCUGGUUUCACAACGCCUGCUGUGAGUGCAUCGGUCCAGAGUGCAUUGACUAUGGGAGUAAAACUGUCAAGUGUAUGAACUGCAUGUUUUAAAGAGGGGGAAGAAAUGCAGACCAAAGCAGUCAUGAAGUGUGCAGAAAUCACAGUUCUGGUAUGCUAGGAGUGUGUUAAGUUAUAUUAUUGUAACUGCUUUUUAUGUUUGAUGCCUAUUAGCAUAUGUCUUUUCCAUUGGAUUCAAUAGAACUUUAGUCACAUGAGAAUCAGGGGUUCAGAGGAAUCUUGGCAAGAUCUGACGUUCUGAUAGAAGGUGUUGUCUUCUUCCAGCUUUCCAAAUGCUUUUUGUUUUGAACGUGAUAGCACAAGCCUGGUACAUGUGUGGUUCUCACCUGCCAGUUGCAGAACACCAGGUCCCUAUAGUCACACAUCUCUUAAUUGUGCCUUGGCUGGCUUAUCUGUUUUAUAUGAGUAAAUAUCACAGUUUAUAAUUCUAACAACUCACAUUCAAGCCAUGCUGAAACUUAAUUUCAAACCAUUUUACACUGGUUUUAGAAAGUAAAUAUUUACUAUAUUUUACAACAGGAAAGUCUUACCUAGGGCCAGCGAGCUGACUCAGUGGAUAAAGGUGCUUGCUACCAAGCCUGAUCCCCAGAGCCCAUACAGUAGAAGGAAAGAACCAACUCCUGUGAGUUGCCCUCUGACCUCUGUACAGGCACAGUAUCAUGCAUGUAGGUGUGCUUGUGUGUGCACACACAUAAAUAACUGUUUUUAAAAAUGUAACCAUCUUACAUGGUGAAAUCUAAAUCUGCCGUGGAGCGCUCACACCAACAGUGAUUUGGACGAUAUGUCCCCUCCCCACCUGUAGUGCUGGCGUGGUGAUACACCGAGUCAUCACUGUUCAUUGGUAUAGAAGAGUUUUGUCUACCAAGAGUGUCAUGGCAUACCUUUGAAACUUCAUCAAAUGCACUGUGAGGAUCUGGGUCAAGAAGUAGCCAGGGAAAAGCAGGGGACUAUGGAUGAUGCUCCAUUAGAGUCCAUGCAGAGCAGCAGGUAGCAGCUGCCCCUUUCCAGGUGCACAGCAUAGCUGGGAGUGAGGCUGGCCAGGAGAGGGUCUGGCUCAGCACCAGCAAACAGCAGGGUCCAGCACAUGCGAGAGACACAUGGGACAGGGUUGAGGAAGGAUGCACAGACGUGGACAGAGAAGGGCAAAAAUGUUUGGAACUCCUAAUAGGGUCCACCUUAAAAUCAUUUGUAGUCACUGGUUUUGUUACUUUAUAAUAUUAUAUUUGUUUCUGGAUAUCUGAAUCCAAAUAAGUAUCAUAUUUUAAGAAGCUAUAUUUCUGAAAUUCCAGGGGGAAAUCUGUUUAAUAAUGUUUACUCCUAGCAUACUAUAGAAUUAUCUAGUUAUAUAGCUUCUUACAUAGUAUUUCCAUAGUGAUGAGCUUCAAUAUUACAUGCCCUUCAUAGUAAUAAAAUUCUCACCUUCAAGCAUGAAUCAAAAACAAAUAUCUAUACUACACAGGCUCACUUUUAUAGAAUUGCUCUUUUCUCUAGUGCAUAUCUCAAUUAAAAGUAACGUUUUAGGAAUAAUCUUUAUGUGGCUACAUAUUUUAGUACAUAAAAUAGGAAAUGCUCUUAAGCACAUUUUGUGCUCUUAUUUGAAUAGUUACAGGAUGGUUUGUGGUGUCAUGGAUACCCACUGUAGACCACGCUCUUCCCAGUAGCUGCCGAAUGCUCAAGGUACUCCAGCCUCCUAAGAAACCGACUCAGAACGUGGAUGUGCGUGAUUAUUAAACACAAAGGUGUCCUCUCGAUUCUACCUAGAGUGCCUCUCUUUAAAGGUGCCUUGGAAACAUUUCAGCCCCUUCCUUCUUAGCUCCCACAGGGCUGUGGGUUUUCUUAAAAUCAGGAGGAGUUUUGAAGAACCACAGCUAGCUGCUCCAUUUCAGCAGCUGAUUCUUAAGAAAGUUUAUGCUCUGACGGAAGAGGGCUUUGAUGGCUUCUAGCAGUGUGUCUCGUCUCGUGUUUUCUUUGUUUGUUUGUUUGUUUUUGUUGUUGCUAUCAUGGUUUGGUUUGGUUUUGAGACAGGAUCUCUGUGCAGCCCUGGCUAGCCUGGAAUGUGCUAUGUAGACCAGGCUGGCUCUCCUCAUGUUUUCUUAAUGAUGGCCCUAAACAUUGUUAAAAUAUAUCACCAUUUUUUAAAAACUUUUCAUUAUUAAAAUUUAAAAUAUAGUGUGUCAUUUUUACCGUAUACAUUUUCUAUGAAAAAAUUUUAAACCACCUGCUUUAACUAUUUUAUUGCCCUGUUAUUCCCAUUAGAAAUGAUCCCCACUGAGGUAAAUUGUAUAAUCAUGUUUUGUGUAUUUCUCCUGGCUUGCCAAGGCUUAUGAAGAAAUAGCAGCCAUUCCCUGACAGGUUUGCACUCCCACCACAGAAAGGCUGAACAAGAUGAUCAGAGGAUCAAGGCCAGCCCGGAGUCCAUAGCAAGACACUGCCCCAGAAGGCACAAACCCUGCACUCAGCGUUUUGAGUAGUGUUUUAAUAGUUCAGAAGCUAGCAGCCUAACUCAGUCUAGACCUUCGACACCAAUCUAGCAGUGAUGCUCCCGUACUGAAGAGCUUGUAGUAGUUCUUCCUCAGUGAAAAAUGAUCUUGUUUUUCUUACAGCCCAAUCCAAAGACACUAGAUUUUUAAGGGCUGAGACUAAAGUCUGGUGACGGGGCUCUCCCACCAACAAGAGACUCACACUCACUCGUGACUCGCAGGCUGUUGUUACAUUCAUAUGCACACACUCUCUAUAGCAAGGCAUGGGCUUACGGGUAGGCUUUUUUUCAUAACAUUUAUGAGAAAACAAUGUUUUCCCCUUAACAUUUAACUAGGACUGUAGCUUACUCAUAAUUAAGGUACAAAAGCAAAGAGAGUCAAGUAAAAUGUACUGUUCACACAGCGUGUUGUGAAAGUCACACCAAAGUGUAACUUGUAAAGUUUCAGAAAAGAACACUGUCAUUAGCAUAUUUGAACAAAUAUUUGGAAUUUUUAAAAAUUAUCAAAAUAAAAAAAAAAGAAAGUGAAACUCUGGAGAAUGGGAUGCUGAAGAUGGGCUAUGGUUCAAAGGUCUACUUAGAAAGCAUCUUUUUAAAGACUGUUCAUUCCCAAGAGUCUAUGUUAACUGCAUUUAACAUGACCGACAACUUAUAUAUGUAAUUGUGUACAUUUCCAUUGGUUGUCUCUGUAGUCAGAAAAGGUAUUUUAAUAAAAAAUAGAAAUGA